AUGUGGCGCAUGCGUGGUGGCGCCACGAGGCGCGGGAGCUGCGGCGACGGGGGCAGCGGCAGAGCCUGCCGCGGGCAGGGCCGCCCGGGCCGGGUUCGCGGGGGCGGCGGCAGCGGCGCCGUGGGCUGGCGAGGCCGAGCGGGCGGCGCCCGCCAGCAGCUGGAGGAGCGGUUCGCCGACCUGGCGGCGAGCCACCUGGAGGCCAUCCGCGCGCGAGACGAGCGGGACCGGCAGAACACGCGGCUGCGGGAGGAGAACGCCCGGCUGCGGCUGGAGAACCGGCGGCUCAAGCGCGAGAACCGCAGCCUCUUCCGUCAGGCCUUGCGGCUCCCCGGCGAGGGCGGUGAUGGAGCGCCCGCGGAGGCGGCGAGGGCGACCCCGGGGCCCGAGGAGGCCGGCACGAACCGGACGGCGAGAGGCGGCGACCCCGACGAGGAGCCGGGCAGCCCCAGAGCCCUGAGGGCCCGCCUUGAGAAGCUGGAGGCCAUGUAUCGCCGCGCCCUGCUGCAGCUGCACCUGGAGCAGCGGACGCCGCGCCCGCCUGGCGACAAGGAGGAGGCGUCUGUGCGUGAACUGGAGCCCGGCCUCCGAGCCCAGGACCCCAAGCCCGCUGAGCCCUGGCCGUAGCCGGAGGCCCAGUCGGGAGAGGCGGGGCCUAGCGCGGCCCCUCCCCCUCCUCGGCUCCCCGGCCCCCCGCCAAGCGCAAGCCCUGGGCUCCGCCCGCGGAAGCGGGCGCUGUGCCUGCCGCCGGGCACUUCCGGGAGGCGGCCGGGCGCCAGCGCCGAGCAAGGUGCCGGUUGCUGGGGUCCCUGCAGGUACCCAGCACCUGCCUCUUACCGCUGCUGGUUUCUGUACGGAGAGAGGCCUAGUGACCGAGAGGCGGGUUUUAAAAGAGCAGGAAAUGGGUGUCCGGCCGCACCUCCUAAUGCCUGAACUUUUGUGAGGUUGUGAGGACUUGUAAUUUUUCCCUCUAUUUUGAUUCUUUGAGGGAUGAAUAAUGCAUUUUUGAGUUGGUUGUGUUUUGUGCAUUCUUCAAUCUCCUAUGCCUCUAGCCAUUAUUUCUUAUGUGGCCAACAUUCUAAGUAUUGUUUUUAUAAAUUGGUAUUACCUGGAUUUCUUAUAAAGUACCAUCCUUUUUAUUGAAAAGUUAUUAUUUAUAACUUAGGAACUCAGUCUGUCUCUGGCUCUAGUUCUUACACAUCUAAUAUAUAUUGAUUUGUUUAUCCUUGGGAAUUUUUAAAGUAUCUGCCUAUAAGUGAUUUUUUGAAUUGAUAAAUAAAUC